CUUCCUUUUUCUCUCGAAAAAAAUUAUUUUUUUUCUAAGAAUCUAUUGUACGUAGUCUAUACCAGCAAUGAUGAUCGAUGAACAUAUGUUGAUCAAAGUAGGACUAUUUAUUUUAGUCCAAGGUUUGGUUUAUUUGAUUCUAUCAAAAUCUUCAAACGUAUUCUCCAAGACACAAAGAUCAUACAGCUUUAAAACAGUUCGUUCUUUAAGUAUUCGCCGGAUUGCUGCUGCACUCGCCGACUUACCUGUCGGCGGUGAGCCAUCUCCCUCUUCCUUCAAAGAUCAUCAGUUGAAGUCUUCUAAGUCUUUCAAAUUAUUCAAAGAUAACAAUUAGUAAAGUUUUUGCUUAUGUGAACUGUUUUUGUAUUCUUUGAUUUGUUCAUGGAUAGUUAAAUCAAAUUAGUUGGUGUUAAUUUGGGAUGCAUAAUGUUCUCUCAUUUUAAAUCGUGUAAAUUAUAUGUCGGUUGGUAAUUGUAGAAAUUUAAACGAUGUCUGUUUUGAUUACUCUAUAUUAAUCGAAUUAAAUUUAAUCUCGGAUUGUAA